CGAAAGCUUAGCACACUCACUUGUCUCUCUAGCUUCUUCUUCGUCUACAGAAAUGGAAUCUGGAUAUAGCGUCUCAGUUCAUAUACCCGAAGAUGCUGCAGUAUUGACAGAUAAUCUGGGUAAGCUAAUGUAUAGAGCUGCAAGUGAAGGCGAUUGGGUAGCAGCUGAAGUUCUGUUGAGUAGAUAUGAGCGAGUGAAAUGGAUGGACUUAACGGAUCGAGGCGACAAGGCUAUUCAUCUGGCUAUGUCUGGGAAACAUAAAGAAUUUGUGUGCAAACUAAUUGACAUGGUGGGAUGUGAGAUUUUAGAGGUGUUCGAUGUGAAUGGCUACACAGCAUGUUGCAAUGCAGUAAUGGAUGGUGAUCUUGAACUCGUUCGCUUCAUGAUUGAUGCCAGACCAAAUAUAGUCAAUAUAGUAAACCAGUACCAGACGACCCCCUUCAUGCUUGCAGUUUCCUAUGGAAACGCAGAUAUAGUUAAACAUAUGCUGGGUGUAAAGAUUAAUCUACCCAAAGGAAAAUGGUUUGAUCUCUUGGUAGUCGCUAUAACCGGCAAAAAGUUUGAUAUGGCUUUGAUAUUAGUGCAAGCGAAAACAAAACUGGCCGCGUUAAAGGGGAAAGAUGGUCGAACAGCUUUGCAUGUCUUGGCGCGACUGGGAGAUGCUGGAGAUGCGAAAGCUGGUUUGUUGGCUGAGAUGCUCUGGAUAAGUCUUAACAGAACUCUCUUUCGUGAAGUGAUGCAGCUUAUGAAUAAGCCUCCCAUUCUACAUGAUGCAGCGAAAGUAGGCAACCUGCGUUUUAUAGAGAUGAUUUCUUCCGAUUUCCCUCAUCUUUUAACACAAACCGACGAUGAAGAAAACUCUAUCGUUCACAUCAUUGCUAUGCAUCGACAAAAGGAGUUGCUUAAACUCGUCACAAACACAAAAGGUGUUACAAAUUGCAAUACAUUCUCAGUGAACAAAUAUGGUAAUAACUUUUUACAUUCAGCUGCAAAAUCAAUACAUCCCAAUGGUCUUGAGAUUGUAGGCGAGCAAGAUGUUCAAAUUCAAGAAGCGUUUGAUUGGUUUAAGACAGUGGAAGAAGUUGCACCGCCUAAUUACAAGGAGAUGAGAAACAAUGAUGGACAUAAACCUAUAGACUUAUUCUGGAAAGAACACGAGGAAUUGUUAUCGAAAGGCCAUGUGUAUAUGAAGAGCACAGCAGAAUCUUGCAUGAUCAUCUCGACUAUUGUUUUAUCGUUGGUGUUUGCUGCUGCCUUUGCUCCCCCUGGGGGAUUCGAUCAAGGCACGGGGAUUCCUAUACUGUUGAAGAAGAAAUGGUCGGCAGCUUUCAUCAUAUUCCAAGUCUUGGCAUUGUCUAGCUCAACCUUGAGCAUCAUAGGUUUUUGGUCCAUCAUUUCAUCCAAUUACAAACAAGAACAGUUUUUCUUGUUGCCACUUACCUUGAGGCUCUCAAUGUGUGCUCUCUUGCUCUCUGUGCUGUUUGUCAUCUCUGCAUUCUUGUCCGCGUUUUUUCUGGUCUUCGUUCAAGAGAGAAAAGCGCUUGUCGUAUCCUUAAUGGUUCUGUUUUACGCUAUGCUCAUCAUUUUAAUUGCUGUUCAGCUUUAUAAUGUAACGAGGAGAAUUUUCAAAAUCAUUCGCAAAGUGAGGAAAAAUUUGUUUCUUAGGGGCAUGUUUACGAUAUUGGGCCUCCCCGCUAUUGAUAGAAUUCUAAUCCAGGCACUAGAGAAGCUGAUAGCUCCACACCAUCCGGCUCGAGGGACUGAAGAACGUCAUUCACCUUCAGUUAUAAUGUGUUGUUUGUAAUGUGAUUGGUCUCUCUUGUUAGCCAGGUUUACCUAUUGAGGUUCUGGUAUCUUCCAUCUUUGGUAUUUAAACCUACAUCAUUGUAUCUGAUAUUCAAUCAAUCAAAGCACUAUCUUUUCCUUCA